GGAAAGCUCAAGUGACUCAUCCGACGACGAUAUUUGGCUUCAUUCUAUCUUGGUUUCGCCCCAUUGUUUUUCAAGUUCAUCUUCAAAUCUCACGUUGAGAGAAAGAGAGGAUUGAGUCUAUCCCAUUAGUCAUGGCAUUCUCAGUGUCCUCUUCCUACGCUAAACUACGGUCUAUCGUCGACGCAACCCCAAACGAUCCCCUCCCAUCUUUAGCAUCAAUACAGAAAGCAACUAAAUCCUUGGUAGCUUCCCUCCCAUCCACCGGCCUCGGAGAAGCAGCCACAGAAACUCACCUGCUGAGUGACCUACCCGGCGGAUUCAACGGAACCAAGACGUCGUCAAACUAUUAUGGCUUCGUGACUGGAGGAAUGUUCCCCAUCGCCGAAGUCGCCGACAACAUUGUGACAGCAUUUGAUCAGAGUCCAAUGGUCCAUUUGCCUGACCAAAGCAUCUCCACUGUCGUGGAAGAUCGAGCGUUGGGUAUGCUUGUUCAACUUCUGAAUUUGGGGCCGGCGUGGGGAGGGAGGACGUUUACAACAGGUGCUACUGGUGCCAACAUCUUGGGCUUGGCAUGUGGCCGUGAAUUUGUGGUUAAUUCACGCCUUAAUAAUGCUGUUGGGGGCAGUGGCGUGGGUGAACUUGGGAUCUUGGCCGCUUGUAUGAAGGCUGGAAUCAAGGAGAUUCAAGUGCUAACCACCAUGGGUCACAGCUCACUUUAUAAAGCUGCGAGCGUGAAUGGGUUGGGUCGACAAUCGGUGAAAGAUAUUCCUGUCAGCAAAAAUGAGCCGUGGAAGAUCGAUGUCGACAGCCUUGAACGUGAACUAAGACGUUCGGAAGAAGGUGUUGUGAGCAUUGUUGCAAUCAGCGCGGGAGAGGUCAACAGUGGCAAGUUUGCCGUGAGCGGACUUGAUGAAAUGAAGAAAAUUCGAGGUUUGUGUGACAAGUACGGUGCUUGGUUGCAUGUCGAUGGUGCCUUUGGCAUUUUCGCCCGGUCACUGCCAAACACUGCUGAGUUUGCCUCCCUCAUCAGUCUUACCUCUGGUCUCGAACUAGCAGACUCGGUCACAGGAGAUUGUCACAAAUUGUUGAAUGUGCCAUAUGAUUGCGGUUUCUUCCUUACACGCUCAGCAGACGCGCUCUCCUCGAUCUUUCAGAAUCCCAAUGCCGCCUAUCUCUCAUCAGGCCCCGAGGCGUCGAUCCCUUCACCACUGAACAUCGGUCUUGAGAACUCGCGAAGAUUCAGAGCUUUACCUGUUUACGCCGUUCUUCUAGCCCAUGGCCGAGAAGGACUGGGCAAAGUGUUUGCAAAACAGGUUCGUCUAGCCAGGGGUGUUUCGGAGUUCCUGAAGGCAAGCAACGACUAUGAACUACUGCCUUCGAAUAGUCCAAAGGACGAUCAUUUUGAGGACACCCACAUCAUUGUGAUAUUCAGGGCCAAAGACGAGAGGAAAAAUUCAGAUCUGGUUAACGACAUUAAUGCAACAAGGAGAAUGUACGUCUCGGGCACUAAAUGGGAAGGCAAGCCUGCUUGUAGGAUUGCUGUGAGCACAUGGAAGGUCGAGGUUGAGAGAGAUUUGAAGUUGGUAACAGACGUUUUGAAAGAGGUCGUUGGUGGUUCUCCAUCAUAAACGAAUCGCAUCCAGCGAUCAUUGAUACC